GGCGGAAUGUCGAACCAAGGCAUGAUGUCGACGAUGAACCAGAGCCAGAGUUCAUUGGGAGCCUCGAGAUUCAGUCUGGUGUCGGAUAGCUUGAAGAUAAUUGGGUCCAGAGUCGUUGGGUUCCACUUUUGCCAGGCUGAUAACGCACCCACUUGUCUGGUUCCUGAUUUUGUGCACAACCUUGCGGCCCAGUUGUCCCAGGCCCCUCAGCUUGGUGCUUACAGAGAGUAUUUGCUGCAAAACCCAACAACAGUGGACCUGUUGUCCUUGAGAGAGUGCAUCUGCGACCCUCACAGAGCUCUGGUGCAAGGCAUCCUAGAGCCCCUGGGAGCCUUGAGGCGAAUUGGGAGACUUUCAGGAGAGACUUGCAUCAUUGUUGUGGAUUCCUUAUGCGAAGCAGAGUAUCAUAAACCCGACUAUGGAGACACUAUUGCCAGCUUCCUCACCAGACACAUCAUGAAGUUUCCAGGCUGGUUGAAAAUGGUUGUGACUGUGAGAUCCCAGAGGGAUGAUGUCACCAGGCUCUUGCCCUUCAGGGUUCUGAGCUUGGAUGAUGGGAAUUCGAGUACUGGAAACGUGAGGCAAGAUUUGGAGGAAUAUGUGAACUUCCGGCUCUGCAACAGCAUGUCCAUUAGCAAAAAUAUUUCCAUCAAUAGUGGUACUAAGAAGGGACAAGAGGCUUGUGUCAAAUUCGUUUCUCACGUUGUCAGCAUCGCCAAGGGAUCAUUCUUAUACACUAAGCUAACAUUGGAUCUGAUAGAACGUGGGCAUCUCAUCAUGAAAUCUUCAAGCUACAAAGUUUUGCCUGUCAACACGUCAGAGAUCUUCAUGUUGAAUUUCAAUCUGCGAUUCCGAACAAGC